AUGAAGCUUUCUAUUGCUCUCCUUGGCCUUGCCGCCUCCCAGGCAAUCGGCCUUGCAAUUCCAGACACUACACCUGAGACUGAUAUACCAGAUGUUCUUACUCUGACCGAGAGACACCAUGGUGGAAGUGGAUGUCCAUCAGACACCAGGACCGUCAGAUACUCUGUUGCCAACGACCGCAGAUCUAUUGUUGUCGAAUAUGAAUCUCUCACUGCAAAGAUCAGCUCCAAAACUUCUCCUGCCGAUGAGCGCACCAACUGCCAGGUGAACCUCCAAGUCGCUGCUCGCAAUGGUUACCAGUUCUCCGUCUCCGGUGCAACCUACUAUGGCUCUGCUCGUUUGGACUCUGGUGUGACCGGUAGGCACGGAAGCAUCUACUACUUCUCUGGAAGCCCCGAUCAGGCAUUCACCGCUACCGGCAUCUCUGGCCCACGUAGAGGCAACUACCGUCUCGAUGAUGAAGCAAACAAGAGAGUCUGGUCUCCAUGCGGCGAAAGUUACCCAUUCAACAUCAACACCGAUGUUCGUAUGGACAGCGACAACGACAAUGCCACCGGAGAGAUGAGCCGGGAGGAUGGCGCCGACGGAACGGUCAGGCAGGUCGUCUAUCUCGACUGGAGGAGAUGUUAG